AUGUUAUCCUAUAAAUCCUUAUAUAGAAUUGCUAAAUUCAACUAACUCAAAGAUUAUUAUGCUAUUCUUAAUAUAUCUAAAACUAAUGAUCAACCAACAAUUAAAAAAGCAUACUAUGCAUUAGCUAAGAAAUUUCACCCAGAUGUUAAUCAAGGAAAGGAAGAUAAAUUUAAAGAAGUUAAUGAAGCUUAUGAAGUAAUGAACACUUUAUUCUCAGGUCUUAUCUGAUGAAAACACAAAAAAAGAAUAUGAUGCUGCUAGAACACCAUAAUCUUAAAAUAAUUAUAGUUCAACCUAUUAAUAACAAUAGUAUUAAGACUCUAGAAAAUAUUAAUCUACAUCUUAGAAUAGAUAAAGUUAGAAUUAUUAGUAAACUUAUUGGUUUUAUAUAUUAGUUAAAAUUCAAAUGCUAGAAAUCAAUUUGAAGAAGCCAUAAGAAGAGCAUAAGAACACCUUAAUUAAUAAUAAUAGUAUAGAUAAUAUGAGAGAAUGCGGGCUCAGUAAGAGUAUGAAGAAAGAAUCAGAUAGGAAGAAAUGUAUGCAAGAGCAAGAGAUCAAUAAUAUAAGGAGUUUGCCCAAAGAUAUUAUAAUGAAAAUAAAAGAAAAACCUUUUAUUCACAAUAGGAAAAAGAAGCCUAUGAAGCAUUUGUUCGAUAAAGAGAGUUUGAAGAAUCAAUGAAAGAAAAGAUUGUAUUUAUAUUAAAUAUGUUUAGCAAGAUUUUAAAUAAAAAGGACAAUAGGUUAUGAAUGGAUUUUAAAAUAUUUCUAAAAAUUUUGGUGAUAUCAAAGACAAUUUAGGUUCUAUUUGGAACACUAUCAAAGGAAAAAAUAGAUGA